UUUCAUUAAGCAAUCCCUGAUUUAUUAAAUUUAGACCCAAGUUUUGGGCGGUUCUGAUUUAUGACAGACAGAAAUAAAUAUCUCUAGUUAAUGGAGAUGGGUCUAGGAAAAGCGCAUUGUUUUAUGGUCAUUUGUAAUUUAUCGUCUAUGAGCCUUGUUCUCUUGAAAAGAGUUGUAGCUGUAAUUGUAAAAUAUCGCUUUGAGAUUCAUGUCGAAACUAUUUCUUGUCCACCACGAUUUGUUGGUGGCUGUCGAGAGGGCUCCAGAAAUAUACAAAUUAAUCUGAAUUUGUAAAUACGGGAAAUAAAUGAAUUGGAAAGCUCUAGUCGCCGCUUCCAUCAUUCGUAUUUAAGCCUUCCUAAGCACCCAAUAAAUCAAACAGUGUUACCCCAAAAAUAUAAUCGCAAUUCAACACCCACUUAGCACAGAUUUUUUAGCAUUAAAGUCAUGGAGGAAAACAAAAAGAACAUUGUCAUAAUAGGAGAUGGAUAUGUGGGGAAGACCAGCAUAUUGAACUCAAUAAAAGAACAAAAAUUUGAGGAACAAAUCCCUAACGUAUACGACGAUUUCGAAUGGAUUCAAACAAUAAAUGGUAAACAAUAUAGACUGAAGUUCAUAGACACAGCAGGUCAGGAAGAAUUUGCCAUGAUAAGAAAACUUUCUUAUAAAGAAGCAAAUGUAUUUUUGUUGUGUUUUGCUGUUGAUGACAAAGUUUCAUACGAAAACAUGGAAACUAAGUGGGUCCCAGAUUUGGAAGAAUACAGUGAUGUCCCUAUUAUUCUCCUAGGAACUAAGAGCGACCUUCGUAAAAACAAAUCAAACUGCAUUAGCAGGGACGAAAUUAAUAGGUUUCAGAAGAAAAUUGGUGCUCUCUUUUAUGUGGAAUGCUCAGCAAAGACUCUUGCUGGAAUUGAGGACUUGAAGAAAAGGAUAUUAAAAUUCGUUGCUAAAGAGCGUUCUUGUGUCAUUCAGUAAAUAUGAGAAAAUUUAUUUAUAGAGAAUGGCUGUGCUAGAAUUUAGGCAAUAAAUGUAGCAAUAUUUAAUAAUGUA